AUCUAGUCAAAGCAUGACAAGUGAAAUGGCUAUGGAGCAACUAAAACAACAUUUGUCUAAGAUAAGAUCACCCGCUGGCGGCGAGAAGGUCUACAAAGAUGAAUGUGCAUAUUCUUUUGAUAAUCCUGAGAGUGAAGAUGGGCUGUACGUGUGUAUGAACACAUUCCUUGGUGUGGGAAAGAAACAUCUGAUGAGACACUACAACAAGACAGGAAAUGCUGUGUUUCUCAGGAUCAAGAGAAUUCGCAUUGAAAUUCCGCAGGCAGAGGAGACAGAGCCUCAAGUGAAACCAACAAAACUUGCAAUAGGAGUGGAGGGAGGGUUCCAGGUGGAUGAGAAGAAGUUCCGGUUUGAGGAGACAACCUCCAUCGUGGUCAUGCCUGACUACCUGGAGAUAGCAGUGCCAAACCCAGAUCUCCCCGACGCUGUCCAGAUCUCCGUGGCAACCAUCCUGAUGGCCGAGGAUGCAUGGAAGGUUGAGGAAGCAGCAGCCAUGGCAGGAACCUGGGACGGGGAGAUCCGACAGAAAUCCAGACAUGCAGAUAACCUGCUCCAACUGGACAAUGGCCGCAAGAUUCCACCUAGUGGCUGGAAGUGUGAGAGAUGUGACCUUACCACCAACCUCUGGCUCAACCUCACAGACGGAUCCAUACUCUGUGGACGCAAAUUCUUUGACGGCAGUGGCGGCAACAACCACGCUGUGGACCACUUCGCAGAGUGCAAGUAUCCCCUUGCUGUCAAACUGGGCACCAUUACCCCUGAUGGAGCAGACGUGUACUCGUAUGACGAGGAUGACAUGGUGCUGGAUCCACAUCUGACAAAGCACCUGGCACACUUCGGCAUCAAUAUCGCAGCCAUGCAGAAGACCGAGAAGACGAUGUUGGAGCUUGAGAUUGAUCUGAAUCAGAAGAUUGGCGAGUGGGACGUCAUCCAGGAGGCAGGGAGCAAACUGACACCGAUGUACGGCUCGGGAUAUACUGGGAUGCGUAACCUUGGCAACAGUUGUUAUAUGAACUCUGUUAUGCAGGUGAUGAUGACGAUUCCUGACUUCCAGCAAAGAUAUUAUGCAAAAGAGGAGGAAAUAUUCCAGUCUGCACCAUCCAUUCCUGCUGGAGACUUUAAUGCUCAAAUGGCUAAGUUAUCUCAUGGUCUGAUGUCUGGGGACUACUCCAAGCCCCCAGUAGAAGGGGAGUCCGAUACACAGCUAGUCCCACCACCAACAGGUAUUCGGCAGCAGAUGUUUAAGACGUUGGUUGGACGAGGACAUCCGGAGUUCUCCACCAAGAGGCAACAAGAUGCACAGGAGUUCUUCCUUCAUAUCCUCACACUCAUAGAGCGUAACAGUCGGGGGCAUGUCAAUCCGUCUGACUGUUUCCGGUUUGAGAUUGAGGACAAGGUCAAGUGUUGUGGGUCAGGGAAGGUCAAGUACACAACGAGAGAGGAUUACUGUCUGGCUUUACCGGUGCCGAUGGAGGCAGCCACCAAUAUAGAGGAAGUGGCAGCUUAUGAAGCCCGGAAGAAGGAAUUAGAAGAGAAAAAGGAAACAAUAGACCCCAAGUCAAUAGUCCGGCCACGCAUCUCACUGUCUGCUUGUCUGGAAGCAUUCUCAUCUGUUGAAGUCAUUGAUGAUUUCUACAGCUCUGCCUUGAAGGCAAAAACUCAAGCUCACAAGACAACUCGGUUCCGGACAUUCCCAGAUUAUUUAUUUGUACAGAUGAAGAAGUUUACCAUAGGUCAAGAUUGGGUCCCCAAAAAGCUAGAUGUUUCUUUGGGUAUGCCUGACGACCUUGACAUUUCUGCUUUGAGAGGUGAAGGUCUUAAGGCAGGAGAAGAAGAGUUACCUCAGGAUCAAGCACAACAGCCAGCAAUAGAGAUAGACCAGACCACAGUGAACCAGCUGAUGGAGAUGGGUUUUGACCCCAAUGGAUGUCGGAAGGCUGUGUAUCACACCAACAACACUGGGGUGGAGGCAGCAAUGAACUGGGUGAUGGAACACAUGGGAGAUGCAGACUUUGCUACCCCUCUAGUGCUGCCAAACUCUGCAUCAUCAGGGGGGGCACAGUUCACCCCGUCAGAGGAGGCACUGGUCAUGAUUAUGUCCAUGGGCUUCACCAGGGACCAGGCGGUCAAGGCACUCAAGGCCACGGACAACAAUAUCGAGAGAGCAGCUGAUUGGAUAUUCAGCCACGUAGACGAGCUGGAUCAGCCAAUGGAAACAGAUCAAGGUCAGGCCGCUGCCCCGGCAACACCCAAGUUCCGUGACGGGCCAGGAAAGUAUCAACUUGUAGCUUUCAUCAGUCACAUGGGCACAUCUACCAGCGUGGGUCACUACGUAUGUCAUAUUCUGAAGGAUGGGAAGUGGGUGAUAUUUAACGACGAAGAAGGUGGCCCAGUCAGAGCAUCCCCUAAAGACCUGGCCUACCUCUACCUGUACCGGAGAUGCUGAAUCUGCAAGGCAGUACCACAUGAUAAAUCCUGACUAUCAAACGCUUGAGUAAUGUCAAGCCUAAACAAUCUAAGACCCACAAAAUGUUACUGAGUCAGCAAAAUGUCUGAUACUCAGUGGGUUCUUUAUAACAUUCUUCAAUUGGUAAGUCAUUCGGUCAGAAUGCUAUAUACCUUUUACAACACAGAAGCAGAUAACUUGUUUGUGAGGAGACAGUUUUAGACAUACCUGUUUCACAGUCAAACACUUUGCUUGGUCAAUGAUCUGUUCACUGAUAAUUAACCUGUGUCACUCUUGGAUGCCAGGAUGCGUGGGUUCGGAGUGCAGAUACACCCACAUCAUGGUCCUUGGGACCUGGAACUGAUCAUCAUGGGUUCAGAUCCUGUAUCUGCCUGAUUGUCAUCCAUGGUUGGUCACCUCCAAACUUGACCUUGUUGGAUUCACCAGCGGGAUAAAUGUCAUAGACAUCACUUUGGGAUUUCAACAGUAAGAGACAUGUUAUGAUAUAACUUAAAUGUGGCGUUUAAUUCAAUCAUUCACUUGAUUGCAUUCAUCUUCCUAACGAAGGUCUGAGUUAGAAUUGGUCUUCAAUCCUUGCUUCUUGUAAGAGGCAAAAUCACAGGAUUGGGGCCAGGCUGGCUGAUGUUCUGGUAGUUCCUGCAUGUCAUCGGAUCCCAGUGAAGUAGGUCGAUGCUCAUAACGUCCAUCACUGGAUUUUCUGGUGAAGACUCAAUUAUCUUCACAGCCACCGCACAGCUGGAAUAUUGCUGAGUGUGGAGAUAAACAAACAAACAAACAACAUUGAUGUAGGUCAUUUAUCACAUUACACAUCGAUCUGAAGGACUGAUGUUUAAAAAGAUUGAGAAAUAGUGUAGUUCACCUUGCAAUAUAUAUAUCUAGAUUAUAUAUAAUGUCAAGCAUUACUUGGCCACCCCAUUGAAUUAACAAGUCACUGGAGUAAACAGUGUUGAAGGAGGUUGUGUAUAACUAUAUAACUAUAACUGUGCAGCUGAUGUGCUAUGAUCUGUAGCCUGCAGUGGUGUACUGAACACAGAACCAUCCUGCUCGAUGUACUAGUAGUCAGAUGCAGCUUCUGAUGGCUAUUGUCUGUGUGGUGAUGUUGUGCUCACAACACUGUUGCCAGUAGCUGUACUAGUGACUGCUCACCUUUAGCCCUAAGCCCAAUGCAAGUCUUUGUUAUAGGCACUUGUACCAACACAGUUGCAAGUCUUUGUUAAACUAGUUAUGACAUUGUUUGUGCAACUGGACCCUAAACCUGCUAAGCACCAACAGUGAUUAUAUUUUAUUCAUUUGCACUACUGCAGUAAAACUGUUGCUAUUAUAUGUGUAGUUUAUGUUGGAAGUACAACAGUGUCAGUUCAAAAUUUGGCAGAUUGUCUACUCUCCCAGCUGUAGCUACUCAAGACAUUUUGGCCACCUCUAGGCCAAUAAAUGUAUAGCAUCUGACAAGAACGUCUUUGUUGGAAUAAAGUUACCGAAUCACAUAUGUUGCCAUUUUCACCUGUACAAAAUAUCUUAUUGCACGUAAGUCCAAAUGUUAUUGAAGAUGGCGUUAAUUGUAACAGUGCUAGACUCCAUGUGUGCCUUUUGAUAAUCAGUAUGCAAUACCCGGGUCAUCUCCCAGAGGAAAGAUUGCCCACCAAACAUAUCACAGUCUAUUUUUAACUGGGCAUUCGUGUGGGAUUGUGGACCCUCUUGCCCUUGGAAGAUGUUCUGGGUGGUGUAAGCAACAUGUUUCUGACUGUAAGUGCUUCGUUUAACUUCGCAACUGUGAGAAUAUAAUAACGGGGAAUUAUUUCAGGAACUUGUCCUUGACCUUCUGAAUGGCUCUCACUGGAAAUAGGUGCAAGAAUGCUGACAUAGCUUCAAUAUUCACUCUGUGCAACCAGUCAUCUGUAAGUAGAGUAUCCACUGUUGUGGACUAACGUCACCCCGACUCCUUGCUACAGAGCAAUCUUUGCACUACUUCGUUUGUAAGUUGUGAUAUUCUUAGUUGUAAGAUCUCAUUGUGAAACU